AUGCCCAGUCAGAUCUUUAAAGGAAAGGUCUUCGCCGCGGCGGGACCUCUUCCUGGUCAAUUCACCGUCGACAAUCUGAAGCGAUGGACUUCUCUGCGAAAAGGCAUCUUCCUAGAUGAUUUUGACGAGAGUGUCACUCAUCUCCUCUGCACCAGAGAGCAGUGGGACGAAAAGGUCCCCAGAAUUAAGAAGGCCCUGAAAGGACCCAAGAACGUUUCGAUCAUCCACUCUGACUGGUUCGAAUUCUCCACGGUCCAUGAAAAGAGGUUGCCAGAGAGGGACUACUCCAUGAGAAGCCUUCAGGCGAAGCAGAACGCCAAAAGACGAGAGAAAGAACGAUGGGAGAAGGGCAUCCAACUGGGCAAGAAAUUUGUCAACACGAACUUCUACCACCUCUAUCGAGAUCGUCUCAACUUUGUCUACGAGGUCGACAUCACUCGGGAUGAUGAAGCGACCGGCGAAAUCGGCCAGAAAUACACCCUCUACUUGUGGGAAUCCAAUGCAAAGCCACACUUGUACUUGUUCGCUGCCCGGUUUCUUAAGAAGAAAGGCAGCUCUAAGCCAUCCUAUCACCGCCCUAGCCCUUAUGAAGGGUUAUGGCGGCAGGAGAUGGACCUUUUCAUGGAUUUCUUCAAGAAGAAGACUGGCAUUGAUUGGCAAGAUCGUGUGUCUCUAGCCAACACACAGCCAAGCUCCUACUUUCAGUAUGCUCCUCCAGCCAAAGGAAGACCUGUCGGACGACGCCUCCGACAUGACCUUGACUAUAGCCGAGAGAUCAACGCGCAUAUUCUGGGAUUCCCGUGGCCUCCAGUCGAGAAUUCCGAGGUCACAAAAGACUCAUCAGAGAACGAAUCCGACAUGGGCCCAAGACCCUUUGGGGAUGAAGACGAUGUUAUGACUUCACCACCUGACUCUGCUGUUGUUUCAGAGGACGAGUACCAGGAAACAGAGCAAGAGUCUAAGCCAGCGCAGGAACAGAACUCCGGUACUGGCCCUGGAAGCCCUGAACGUGAUGCGAAAAAGAUCACAUCGCCUCUCAAACCAGAUGACGCACCAAUUGAGGAUAGUGCUCCUACUAUCGACACUCAGUCCACCGAAACCGAGGGUCGCAGCACACAAUCUAAGGGAAGACUCGAGACUCCUCCGCAUGAGAUGGAGAUAAAGCCCAAAAGUACCCCGGCUGGCUCAGCCCCUCCAAAUCCAGAGGAUACCCCUACGUCUCCAGCCAAACCUGCUACUCCAGCCCCAUCCAUCGAUGAGAAUGGUAUCUCAGAGUCGUCCAGCGAACCUCUCGUGAUCUUCGACAAAGAAACUGGGAUGGGAAUUUCGCUGGAAUUUGAACCACGAGAACCAUUAACUUAG